AUGUCCAGGAAAGUGCAAGUGUUGAAGUGGAGAGAGGGACAGAGGCGGAAAAGUCCGCGAGUCUAUGCCUUGGGCACGUGCAAGUCAUGGGGCACAAAUCAUACGGAUGACUCUGUUCGCAUUUCGCCACAAAAUGAUAUAACUGAGAAGAGAAAUGACUCCCAGGACCAGGAGGAGGGGCCAGCAUCUAGGACCAGAGCCAGGAACAAGAGAAAAUUGCCCACCCCUCAUGAUCACGACGUGACAGUUAGAAGCGGAAGAAGACUUGAAGAUCAUGAAGUUGAUAGAGAUGAGCAACAGGUGAUGCAGGAUCGGGCAAAGUCUAAACUUGCAGAUCGUGAUGGGAACAGAAACAAUGGCCUGCAAUCAGCUCAACGUCUCGAGUCGUCCUCAACACCAGAGAUGCCGGAAAAGCGUGUGCUAGAACUCGUUAUCGACACUUUACAAAGGAGAGACACUUAUGAGAUAUUCGGUGAACCAGUUGAUCCGACCGAGGUUGAGGAUUAUUACAAAAUCAUUGAAGAGCCUAUGGAUUUCGGAACCAUGAGAGCUAAACUUCAUGAGGGAAUGUAUAGUAGUCUUGAACAGUUUGAGCACGACGCAUUCUUAAUUACCAAAAACGCGAUGCGUUUUAAUCCGUCGGGCACCACUUACUUUAGACAGGCUCGAGCCAUCCACGAACUAGCAAAGCAGGUCUUUCAUCUCCUUAGAACCAAUCCAAAUGAUUUCGAAUUGCAAUUCUCGGAAACGAGAAGAGUGACUAGGAGAUCUCAGGCAGAAAUUAGGGGUCAAACUAAUAGUUCUUCUAGGAGAACUCAUAAGAACGUGAGGUCGAGUCGGGACAUAUCAUCGAAGGCCUUCCAAUCUUCAACAGGUCCAUCGAAUCUCAGGAACGUCUCGAUGAACUCUAGGAGCUGUGGUACUGCUAGUCUUGUGCAAGCAUCAAAUGGACCAAAUCUUGGUUACAGCAGAGACUGGGGACAACAAUCCAGCCUUCCUGAUGCGGAUCGGCGUUCUUCGUACAGGCCUUGGACAUCCCUCCUCAAUGGAAGCGAUCCCACAAGCAAAACAAUCGGGCGUGUACAGCCACUGAUGCACGUGAAGCAACAGGAUAUUGGCUACAGAGAGAGUCUGGUGUUGUUCUCCAAGGGCUUAGGACAGGCCGCGCAGAAUAUAGUCGAGAGGAAGUUGCGAGCAUUGGACUCGGCAUUAGGCAUGUCUCGGCCGGAUGUUCCGGAAUCCCUGAGGGAGAACCGCGUCUCGCAAUCCUCGCCAUCCUCGCUCCAGAAGAACAAGAGCAGUGUCUGCGCAACUGCCGGCACAACGGAAAUUUCAAGAUCACACAACCAGAGAGAUUUGUGUCCGGGGAUCAGUAAACUGUGCGAUGUCGGAGCAGCAUCAAAAACUGACCGACCGGAGCAUGCGACUUCUCAGUUCUUAUUCGACUUAUCGUACCUAAAGGCGAAGCUCGACCAGAUGAUCUCUUCAGGCCCGGAAAGAUCAGCUCAGCCAGGUCUCCAAGCCGAGAAGCCCUCUUCCAACGAAAAUGUCUACCGGCGAUCUUUGAUCUGCGAGAAGGAGCUGAACAUCCAUUGCUAUAGUCGCAAGCGACGAGGAUCGCCCUUCGAUCCGGGUCAUCACGGCGAUUCGACCCUUCAACCGGAACAAACCAUGCAUAACGAAAUGCCGCCUCGCCUUGCCAAGUAUGGAAGCAUACACAGCGAACAUAAGACUUGUUUGUGA